AUGCCACCAAGAAGAGAGAACCCCGAAGUUGCACGACUUGUGUCAAAGCAACUAUUGGACGCACUACCCAACAUUGUCAGUCAAGUGGCGGCAAAGCUUAAUGCGAACCAAUCAUCAAACCCUGAGCCUAGAAAACCCAGAGAAUGCACUUACAAGUCGUUCAGAUCCUGCAAUCCAAAAGAAUUCCAUGGGACUGAAGGGGCUGCAGGAUUACUGACAUGGAUAGAGAGUAUGGAAUCUGUCCUCUAUAUUAGCAAGUGCUCUGAAAUAAACAAAGUGGAAUAUGCGGCUUCUUUGUUGCAAGGAAGGGCACUCACCUGGUGGAAUGCAUUGGUACAGGCCAGAGGUCGAGAAGUGGCUAAUCAACUUCCAUGGAAGGAGUUCAAGAAACUCCUCAAGGCCGAAUACUGCCCCAGAAGCGAACUCCAGAAGCUAGAAAUGGAGUUAUGGAAUCACAAAAUGAAAGGGGAUGAUAUAGCUGCGUAUACGGUUCGAUUCCAUGAGUUGGCAAAUCUAGUGCCACACCUAGUUUCACCAAAGGAAGUUCGCAUUGAGAGGAGAACGAUAGGAAAUUUCGGAGCACAGACUCAGACGGUGAAUCAAAGAGACAAGGCCAAGUGCAAUAGAUGCAAAUACCCACACUGGGGAAACUACAUCACUUGUCAAAGGUGCCAUCUCGGGGGUCAAACAGCAAAGGAUUGCUGGAAACGAUUGUGCUUCGAUUGUGGAAGUCCAGAUCACAAGAGGAACGUUUGCCCGAAAAGGAAACAUGGAGCCAAUGUAGGCCAAGCCUGA